CAAUCUUCCUCCUAUUUCAUGCCCUUCCCCAGUAUUCCCUCUCCUCCCUGAUGUCGUCUCAGCCUCCUCCCGCGUCAACUGCUUAUCCUCAGUUGCCUCGCGGUGCGGCUCAAAUCCCUCCCUUCCCUCAGCUGCUCCACAUCAAGAACGAGCCAUUGGCAACUCCUUCUGCAUCUACGCCUAGCUCCCACCCCACGGACAGCCACGAGAUUGUCGCCAUGUCACCUGAAGAAGACGACGAAGGGCAUGACUCGGCUCGAGGAACGAGCCCUCCGCCUGGAGUAAAGGAGAAGAAAAAGACGCAGGGUACGAGGCGGAGGGUCGUGCAGAGCUGUUCAGAGUGUCGAAGGAGGAAAAUUCGAUGUGAUAAAAAAUUUCCAUGUGGCCCAUGUAUCCUCCGGAAUGAUCAGGCAAGGUGUCAUGAAGUUGGAUUGAAUGAGAAACAAUCCACCAAUGUCCCAGCCAACUCCAAUUACGCCUCCACUGCCGAUUUAGCCACCAUCCAACACCGUCUCGAUGCUCUCGAAGCAAGUUUGUUGAAAAACGGCGCACUUCGCAAGGCCGAUCUCGACCACUUCCUCAAAACUAUCCAAGAAGCCGAGCCAAAGAAGAAGGCUAAGAGUCGAGAUGGCGAAGACAUUGCGGUGGACGAUACGGAGGGAGCGGCAUUGACUCUUGAACAUUUGGCGUUUGGCCGCUCUCGUGCAGAUGGAAGUCACGCUAUUCCUCAUUUCGCUACCCGCCUCUCUUCCGUAAGCAGACCCGCCCCUAAUAACGAUUAUCAUCUUGCAAGAUCCAAUGUACCCUUCUACAAUUCGCCUCCUGGUUACGAUCCCAGUUCGGCGUCAUCUUCUGGCCGAAAGACUAGUUUGAAUAUCUCCAGCACGCCUGACCAGGCCAAGAGAAUUGAAUUGUCAUGGGAAGAAAGGCAGCAGAAGAUUGAGCAGUUGAUGGAGGUGAUGGGACCCAUGGAUGUGUUUGAUUUGUUCUUCAGGAAAACAGAUUUGGCAAUCAUUGCUUUGACAAAGCUGCUACCGUCAAGGCAUAGGGGAGAACUGUUGGUCAAGGCGUAUCUCGAAAAGGUCGAUUGGUUACAUCGAUGCAUUCAUGUGCCGACAUUCCUUCGACAAUGUAAUGAUUUGCAUUCCCUACCCCCUGAACGCGUUACUCAAGAGAUUGCUUUACCCUUCCUCGCCCUGUACUUUACAGUCUGCACUCUAGGAUUACAAUUCAUGGAUGCCUCAGAGAUCAGCAAACACUUCACACUCGAGGAAGCUCAUACGUUGCCUGACACCUGGUACCACGCUUCUCGAAGUGCUCUUUGGGCUGCAGACUUUUUAGAUAACCACACGAUGGAAUCACUGCAGUGUAUCUUGCUUUUAGGUGUUUUCCUGAACAACCGAGAUCGUGCCGACGCGGCUUGGGCAUUACUCGGUGCUGCUAUCAAAAUGGCUCAAGGCCUCGGUCUCUCUCGACUCGGCGCAGAGCAACAAUCGGUUGACGGCAAACCGUUACCGAUGUGGACAGGCCGAUGGGAAAGUCUUAUUCAGCGAGAAGUCGGCAGGCGUAUAUGGUGGAACUUGGUUUUCCUCGAUUGGUCCCUUGCGCCUAGCUACAACUUUUCGUGUAGUAUCCAGCCAGAUCAGAUCAAGACCGCUUUACCGGCGAACAUUGAAGAUGAGGAUAUCAUUGACGGUCAACCGCUGAAACCCCAACCGUUGAGUGUUAGGACAGGGAUGUCGUUCCAGCUAGCUAGGCUCAGGUUCGCCGAGAUUUCUCAAAGACAGAUUUGGCAGGCGAACAACAACAAUCAUCCUCCUUACUCUUUCGUGCUGAGCGUCGAUGGCGAACUUCGAAAAGCAAUGAUGGAACUCCCUUCCUUCUUCCAGCCUGACCAAAACACCAAAGGUCCCCCUUCCAACGAACCCAAGAUUUUGGUGCGGUACUACGAGAAGACUAUCCUCAACCUUGCUAUCCACUCGCGAAUGCUUAGGCUGCAUAGGCCGUGGUUGUCGAGAGGUUAUGAAGAUGAGAGGUUUGCGUAUUCAAAGGAGCAGUGUAUCAGGGCAGCGAGGGCGAGUUUGAGGAUGAUGUCCGAUGGGACUGCAUCGUAUUUGGAGAAGUGGUGGCUGCCGUUAUUCUACGUAUCUGUUUCGGGUCUUGUGGUGAUAAUCGAUCUUUUGAGGACAAGUCGAAAGGAUAUGUUCUCGUCUGAGACUCAGGAGAAGAUCGAUGAGGUCAAGAACGCUUUGAAUCAGAUGAGGAGGAUUGCGGAUGUAUCUCACCCUUCGAGGGCGGCAGUCAGGGUAAUGGAGCUGUUGUUAGCUGAGGUUGAGGACCGUCGACGACCUCCUGGAUCAACCUUGGGCAAACGCAAGAGCUCGCCUGAUGGUGAUGACGAGGAGUCUGGUCUUCAGCGUGCCGUGAAAAAGCUCAUCCAUCAAGCACAGCUCGAGGCUGAGUCUCCCAGUGCUUCAUUCGGUUCGGGUGCCACUCCACAAGACUUUCCGGUAACUGUUUCGCCAGCUAGAGACUUCAAUGACAGGGAUCGGGACCGCGAAAGGCCCGUCUUUGAUGCUUACCCCAUGCCUUUCAUUCCCGUGCCUCCGACAAUCAACAACGCUACCACCCCUACAGCUGUGCAGCAGCAACCCCAUGCUCAUCAGAUCAUUGGUGUUGGUAACAACAGUCCUUUCACAUUCCCUGUUGACACGACGAACGCCACAGCGUUCCCUGCGUUCGAUACUACCACCACGCGCGGCUCGUUUGCUCAAAAUCAGCUUGACCCUACCGUCCGGUCCAUGCUCUCUAGCUACUUCCCUCCGAACAACAACAGCAAUGGGAAUGGAAACGGCAUCGUCGGUUCUGCCACCGCUCCUCAAGCUCCGGAUGACUUCCUGAGCAGGGUGUUUGGAUUUGGUUGGGAUGGGGUGGGCACGACGGGUCCGCCUGCGCAUCCCGAUGAAGCCGGGAUGGAUAUCCUUGGAAACCAGGGACAGUCUCAAACCCAGCCGUCUGGCGGCGACGGUCAGCAAAACCAAGCUCAAAACCAGCAGGACCAGCAUCAGCAACCCGGACAACUCCAUCCUCCUCGUCAGCAACCCGCCGCCGCACAACAGCAGGCGCAACAACAGCAGCAGUUAACGCCAGAGCAGCAGCAGGCGAUGAACUUUGCUAUGGCGCCCAACCCUUAUGCCUACGGCAAUUGGACCAACAGCGGUUGGAUGGCGUAAAUUUGAAAGACACUUCGAAAUGGAGGUAAUUUGGGAUCCGUUGGGAUUCCAUAUUUUAUAAUUUCUUGUCCUUUUUUUGUAGUCUUUUUUGUACAUGGUGUUCCUUUUCUUGACUUCGGGUUCAAUAACUUCCUUAUAACUGGAUUCACAAUGAGCAGGGCAUGCAUUGAUUGC